CUUUUCUGCACUAGCCCCAAACCUUAAAAAAAAAAAAGGUAGAAUGACAGAGCCUGAUAUUCAUUGCAAUGUUGUUAAAUGUAGAAAACCUCUCUCUGCUGAGCAGCGGAAGUCUGUGCUUGCAGGUUUGAAGCCAGACAUAAUUCUGGAUGUUUGUGCUAGGGCAAUUGCUUUUUAUGAAUAUCAAACUUCGCAAGAACUGGCCUUCAGGGCAGUCAUUCAAAAGAGCACCCAAGAAAAAUAUAACGAAGAAAAACAAAAAGAAAAAAUCGCAACAAAAUAUUCGAAAUUAGAAGACAAAACAAAACAGUUUCAAAAGCUACAGGUCUAUAUGUCACUAGCACACAUGUACGAAAGGUUAAAACGAAAAACAGUUGGCCCCAACAUACAGUCCACGUUUACAAAUCAGCCUCCUCGUCCUCCAAUGAACCGUGCAGAACCCAUGAUUUACAAUCCCAUGAGAUUUAAUAAUCAACAACAAACAGACGAGGAUGAUAUAAUUUCUAGGAUCGGAAGAAGUUCUUCUACAAAUAGGUCGAUAUUUGUACCGCCUCCUCAACAGUCUACUAGAAUUUAUCCGAAUAGAAAUAGCCCAUCACGAAUUCCAUCACUUCAUCGUCCAAAGUACUAUAAAAACGUAUAAGUCCCACUAUUUCACGAACUUAGACACCUCCCCUCCCCUCGCCAUCCCGUGUACUCCAUUGGUGUUCAAUCAUUCACUGAUGCAUAUGAUCGUUUAUUUCCAUUUAAAGGAAUUUGAUUUGCUGCACCCCCAUAUAUUUAACUCCAAUUGAAGUUCUUCCUUUUUAUUUCUAUAAGCGUAAAACAUUUUACCGCUUUCUUCCCGCUUAAUAAAAAGUAUCAAA